GGCACAAAACUUUUCUCAUCCCAACAAAACAAAGAAACUCAACAUCUUCUUCUAAAAACCCUAAUUGGAAAAAGAAAAUAACAAAAAUUCAGACUCCAUUGUUUUACGGAUGGAGAGUAACGAUAUGGAAGACCCGUCUCUGAAAAACAGUAAUAAUACUAGUUUCAAGAGAAAACUAAUCGUGUUUGGGGAUUCCGCUACUCGUAAUAGUAAUAGUAAGCAGAUGGAACAAUUUAAGGGGCAACCGUAUGCAGCAACUGGAAUGGUGAAUUAUAUGCAAGGGGAAGAUCAUGGUCUGGACAUUACGCGGGCUAGAUUGUCGAAUGUUUUGAGACGACAUGAACAACUUAAGGAUCGACUUUCUAGGGAUACUGACAAGAUGGUUUAUGACCGCUUACAAAGAGAAUUUGACAAUGCUAGAGCAGUUCAAACUGAAGAGAGACACUUAAAUGGCGAACAGUGGAAUGAUGGACUAUUAGCUACAGUUAGGCAGCGGGUUCACAUGGAGUUAGAAAGAAAAGCAAUGCAGGGGGAUGCUAGCAUGGCAGUGAAUUCUCACUUCCAUGGGAAAAUUACUUAUAGAGCAGGAACUAAGGUAAUUUGUUGUCUGGAGGGAGCUAGAAUUGGCAUCCAGUACGAGACAUCUUUUGCCGGUGAACCUUGUGAGUUCUAUCAUUGUGUGCUUGAGAGUAAAUCAUUUCUUGAAAAAAUGACUGUCAUUGAACACACGGUUCCAUUCUUUUUGCCGAUACGAGAAGCAGAAAAUGAUCUUCUUUCCUCGAAUGCAAUGAAAUUCAUCGAUUAUGUCGGGGAACUUGUUCAGGCUUACGUAGAUAGACGAGAGCAGAUUCGCCUAAUAAAGGAGUUGUAUGGAAAUCAAAUUGGAGAGCUUUAUCAUAGCCUCUCUUACAAUGUUAUUGAAUUUGUAUUGGACGAUAAUGAUUGCAAGUUGACUGUGAGUCUCAGAUAUGCAGACCUCGUUAGCGUGCUACCCACUCGUAUCAGAGUCUUAGCGUGGCCGAUUAAUUUGAAAAAGAGUUUAUCUGCAGCUCCAGCAACAAACAACAAAAAGCCUCAGGCAGUUCCUGCUCGGCUAUCUUAUGCCGAGGAUGCCUUGCGGACCAUGACCCUUCCAGAAGCAUACGCAGAGAUUGUGCUGAACUUGCCGAAAGCCCUUCGUGAAAUGUUUCAGAAUCUAGGAUCAAGUUAGGGUCUUAUUUCGAUUAUUAGUCGUAGUAUCUAAAAUAUACAGGAGUACCAAAGGCGGGCAUUUGUACCAAGACUGCUUCAGUUACCUCAGGGCUUCAUCAGGUCGAGUCGUCAAAUGUAGAGAGAACUGCCAACGCAGUAUCUGCAGCUACAUUAUAUAGUUGUUUCCUUUUGUAUCUGUGUACCGGUUGGACUUUGAUAUUUGGCCCCUUAAUCCUUUUUUACCUUUGGAAUGUAAAUGUGAACCGAUAUCUUUCUUUUAUUCCCAACUUAAAUUAGUUUGGACCAUUUCAAUUAGGCUCAAUGCAUACCAUGAUUAUGCUUGUAAAAACAUGUAAAAAAAUCUACUGUAUGGACAUUAGUCUGAGAAAAGUAUGGUAAAUUGCAUUUUUUUAGUGACACAUGAUGAA